AUGAGGUUGCUAUCACCAGGGCUGCUGUUUGCGGCGGCCGUCUGGGCUGCCGACAAGGGGCGACCAAGCCUCAAAAAUGCCAUUUACAAGGACCCCAAGGCCUCCAUUGAUGCUCGUGUGACCGACCUGCUAUCACGAAUGACCAUCGAGGAGAAGGCGUCGCAGCUUGUUCAAGGCGAUGUUCGCAACUGGAUGAAUGAAUCAACCAAUGCUCUUAAUCAGACUGGGCUGGAAUGGAGCACCAAGUAUCGCGGAAGCGCGUUUUAUGUCGGUGUACCGGUCCCAAACGAAUGGCUCCUCAAGCACAUCGAGGCCGCCCAAGACUACAUCCAGAAAGAAACCUACUUGGGCAUCCCGGCAUUCGUCCAAACCGAGGGUAUCCACGGCUUUCUUGCCCAUAAUGCCACCAUCUUCAACUCACCCAUCGCCCAUGCUUGCUCCUGGAACCCGUCCCUGGUUGAGGAUAUGGCCGUUGCCAUUGCCGAAGAAGCCCGCGUUUUUGGUAUCAACCAGCUCUUUGCUCCAGUUGCCGAUUUGGCACGGGAGCUUCGCCAUGGCCGGGUCGAAGAGAUGUACGGCGAGGAUGGGUUUCUCGCCGGAGAACUCGCCCACGCCUACGUUAAGGGCGCGCAGUCCGCGGGAGUCAGCGCGAUGGUUAAGCAUUUUGCUGCGUUUGGUGUCACGGAGCAGGGUCUCAAUACGGGACCUGCCCAUGGAGGCGAGCGGGAGCUGCGAACGACCUUUCUCCCCUCGUAUCGGCGCGCCAUUGUCGACGGAGGCGUUUUCUCCAUCAUGACGGCCUAUCACAGCUACGACGGCAUCCCCGCUGUCUCCGACCCGCAUUUGCUCACUGAUAUUCUCCGCGAUGAAUGGAAAUACGAGUACUUUACCAUGACCGACGCAGGCGCCUCAGACCGUCUCUGCAAGGACUUUAGGAUGUGCGCUUCCGAUCCCAUUGACAAGGAGGCCAUCGUCCAAUACAUCCUCCCAGCCGGUGGUGACGUGGAGAUGGGGGGCGGUUCCUACUCGUUUGAGAAGAUCCCGGAGCUGGUUGCAAACGGCAAAAUCAAAGAGGAGCUGGUCGAUACGGCUGUUGCUCGCGUCCUCAAGGCCAAGUUUGAACUCGGCCUCUUUGAGAAGCCCUUCUCGGGGCUGCCGUUGAAGGAGGCUAAUAAGGUGAUACACGCACCAACCUACCUCGCCCUCGCAAAGAAGCUGGACGAGGAGUCCAUUGUCCUCCUUGAAAAUCACAACAACGUCCUGCCGCUGCGCAAGGAUGCAUCGAUCGCCGUCAUCGGGCCCAUGGCGCACGGGUUCAUGAAUUAUGGAGACUACGUAACUGUGAAUUCUUCCUCGCGCGGCAUUACCCCCCUCGAUGGCAUCAAGGGACUUGGCAACGGCAAGAUUACGUACGCUCAAGGUUGUGAGCGCUGGUCCACCUCCGAAGACGGAAUUCCUGCUGCCGUCGCCGCCGCCGAGGCAGCCGAUGUCGCUGUGGUCGUGGUGGGCACCUGGUCUCGCGACCAGAACGAACUCUGGCAAGGGCUGAAUGCCACGACGGGAGAGCAUGUCGAUGUGAACAGCCUCGACUUGGUCGGCGCCCAAGAACCGCUUGUCCGUGCCAUUAUCGCGACAGGGAAGCCGACCGUCGUGGUCUUUUCGUCGGGCAAACCGGUGACCGCGCCGUGGAUCUCGGGCAAUGCUGCCGCACUCGUCCAGCAGUUUUACCCCUCUGAACAAGGCGGCGCGGCGCUCGCCUCUGUUCUUUUUGGUGACACGAACCCUAGCGGCAAACUCGCCGUCAGCUUCCCCCGGAGUGUUGGCGACUUGCCAGUCCAUUACGACUAUUUGAACUCGGGGCGUGGGGAUUCUCCCGAUGCCGGUGUUGCCUACGAAAAUGGUACGCUUGUCUUUGGCCACCAGUAUGUCCUGGGCGACCCGCGACCGUUGUACGACUUUGGGUAUGGACUGAGCUACUCGACCUUCACUUACAGCGACAUCGCGGUGGAUAAACAAGAAGUAGGAGUGGCGGAUACUGUCACAAUCAGUGCUACAAUCACAAACACAUCCCGUCGAGAUGGGAAAGAGGUUGUCCAGGUCUAUGUUAAGGACCUGAUUGCUAGUGUUGUUGUCCCCAACAUCCAAUUGCGAGGGUUUCAGAAAGUCUUACUGAGGGCCGGAGAAAGUAAACGUGUGAGCAUCAAAGUCAAGAUGCAGGAUCUGGGUAUUUGGAACGCGAGAAUGAAGUAUGUGGUUGAGCCGGGGGAAUUCAUGUUCAUGGUUGGGGCUUCGAGCAACAACAUCAAGGGCAAUGUCACUGUUACACUCCAAUAG